AACUCGUGACGAUCCCGUGCCCAAGGAGAGCUUAGAAGCUGGUUUACACAGCUCACCUCAGCAGCCAGCUAAGCCUCUACAGCUAGAAGAGCGCAGCCUGUACAAUGGCUAACUAUGUGCAAGAGGAAAAGGACAGAUUCUCAUACAUUUACUCUUCUGAACUGGACAUUCCAUUCAGAAUAAAAAUUGGAACACUUGAGGGCCAGAGAAAGAAAAAGACUGUGCAAGCGUUGCUAGCUGAUCCUCAGCUGCAGUUCUCCGGUCUCUAUCAGAAUGACUACUCGGAUGUCUACGUUGUCACCGAGAUCUACGCUAAUGGGAAGAGGCUGACCCUACCGUCUCAAACGGCAUACAAGUCAUUCUCGAAUCGAUGGAACUGGAACGAGUGGGUCAUUCUACCAAUUCACUUCAAGGACAUACCUCGAAAUGCCAAGCUUUCCUUCACCAUUUAUGAUAUAUACGGACCACAGAAAGCGGUGCAAGUGGGUGGAACCACUAUCCCGAUAUUCGGAAAGCAUGGGUGCCUUCGUAAAGGGAUCCACGAUCUCCGUGUGUGGCCAGAUGUUGUUGCUGACGGAAGCUUGAAGAAUUCUACCCCUGGAGAAAUUGAAGAUAAUUCUGAAUCACAGUCUGAAAUGAUUCAUCUUUCGAAACUCGUUCAAAAGCAUCGCAAGGGCCGAAUGAUGACUGUGGAUUGGUUGGACAGACUCACCUUUCGCGAGAUAGAAGUCAUCAACGAACGAGAGAAACGUCGCUCUAACCAUAUGUUUCUCACUGUCGAGUUCCCAAAGUUUCACUAUGAUGGUUUCGAGCAUGCAGUGGUGUAUUUCGAAAGUGAUGGAGAUCUACCAGAAACACACUUACCACAGUCCGAAUUCAGAGUCGUACUUGAUCCUGAUUGCAAUUUGGACAACCUUGUUGAGCGAAAACAUCACAAUCUCACUCAUACACUUCGGAAAGGCCAUAACGCUAGAGAUCUCAAACCCAAUGCAAAGUUACGAGCUGCCAUCAUGAAGAUUGUUAAUGGACCCCCCACCCAGACUCUGGAUGCAACCGAAAAGUCACUCAUUUGGACGUUUCGUUACUUCCUUAUCGAGCAGAAAGCGGCACUCCCAAAGUUCCUUCGAAGUGUUAGCUGGGAGACAAAGCAAGAAGCAGAGGAAGCUCUGGACCUGUUGUACAAGUGGCAGCCAUUAGAUCCGGCCGAUGCUCUCGAAUUACUGACAUCCUUUUUUAAAGAGCCGAAAGUUCGACGAUACGCCAUCUCUCGACUUCGUUGUGCUGACAAUGAGGAAUUGCUACUCUAUCUCCUGCAACUGGUGCAGGCCCUUCGAUAUGAGGACCCUGUGUUCAUGAAUGAGAAGCCUGAAGACCAACCACCGGCACUGUCAGAGGAGGCCACCUUCAGCGAAGCCACUAAGUCUCGAAUGGAGCGUGAGUUGGCCGAGGCGUUUCAAGAGAGUGAGGGAUUGUCAGAGGAUGCUCCCUCCUAUGGCUACAACGAUGACCUCCCUAGCGACAGUGACAGUGAGCACGGUGAUGACAUGUUCUCCUCUUUCCCUGUGUCCAACUCUUUGGACACUUCACUCUCAGCACCUAGCAGUAUGGAAACAUCUGUUCUUGAUGAGUCUGAGUACCUGGACCUGUCCAGCUUUUUGAUAGCUCGUGCGUGUCGUAGCACACAACUAGCCUCGUACUUCUACUGGUACCUGUCAGUCGAGUGUAACGAGCUCAAGGAGAACGCACUCAACAUCAAAUAUGAGAGAAUCAGACUCAAGUUUCUUGAGGAGCUUAGACAUAGCCCUCGAAUCAAGUGGCAAAAGCGAGGGAAGAUGAUUGUGCAGCAAGAGCUUCUAGUGGCCGAGCUAAUGGGCAUAAUGACUACCAUCUCCAACAGCAAGGAAGACAGACCCAAGAGAGAGGAGAAGCUCCGGGCCAUUCUCUCAUCUCGUUCUUCCCUUCUCAAAUUCCCCCACCCUGUACGACUACCGCUGGACCCACGUGUGCGUGUGACUGGACUUAUUGCUGAGCGGGCGUCCCUGUUCAAGAGUGCACUAACUCCAGCCAGAGUGGGUUUCCACACCUCUGACAAUGACAUCUACUGGGUGAUGUUCAAGUUAGGUGAUGAUCUGCGUCAGGACCAGCUCGUUCUUCAGCUGAUCUCUCUCAUGGACCGCCUCCUCCAACGAGAGAACCUUGACCUCAAGCUGUCCCCCUAUAAUGUCCUAUCUUGCUCUGCUAAUCAUGGUUUUGUGCAGCUGGUGAAGGACACACAAGCUGUUGCUCAUGUUCUCUCGACAUACAAGACCAUACAGAACUUCUUCAGACAGAGAGCCCCACAAGAAGGAGCUCCAUACGGCAUACAACCAGAAGUUAUGGACACCUACGUCAAGAGCUGUGCCGGCUACUGUGUGAUCACCUACCUGCUCGGUGUGGGGGACAGACAUCUUGAUAACCUCUUACUAUCCAACUCUGGCCACCUCAUUCACGUUGACUUUGGUUACAUCCUUGGCCGAGAUCCCAAGAUUUUUCCUCCCCCCAUGAGAUUGAGCAAGGAGAUGGUGGAGGGCAUGGGGGGAACAUCCAGUCAGGAGUAUCAGCGAUUCAGGGAGCACUGUUACAGUACCUUCCUCGCACUCAGGAGAUCUGCAAAUCUGUUUCUCAACCUUUUCUCACUGAUGCUUGACUCUGGCGUACCUGACAUCGCCUUGGAACCUGACAAGACUGUGCAAAAGGUGAAAGACAAAUUCUGCCUAGACUUUAGUGAGGAGGAGGCAGUGAGGCAUAUCCAGUCCCUUAUUGACGAGAGCGUCACAGCUGUCAUGGCUAAACUAGUGGAACGAAUGCAUAUCAUAGCUCAGUACAUGAGAAAGUGAUUCAAUACAACAAUGUAGACUAGUUCAUUUCAUUCAUCAUAAUAAUACUUUAUUGUAAUUAUUGUUAAUUGUUGCUGAUUGUCAUUAAUAUUGUUAUUAGCCCCACCCCA